AUGUUGAAGGAUGCUAUGUCGGGCACAAGAUCACUGAAGUUUCAGUGGCGUGGUCAUCACAAUGGUCAUUACAAUGGUCAUCACAACAGUCAUCACAAUGGUAAUUGCAAUGAUCAUCAUAAUGGUCAUCACAAUGGCCAUCACAAUGGUCAUUACAAUGGUCAUCACAUUGGUCAUCACAAUGGUCAUCACAAUGAUCAUCAUAAUGGUAGUCACAAUGGUCAUCACAAUGGUCAUCACAAUGAUCAUCAUAAUGGUCAUGUCAAUGAUCAUCACAUUGGUCAUCACAAUGGUCAUGACAAUGGUAAUUACAAUGGUCAUUACAAUGGUCAUCACAAUGGUAAUUACAAUGGUCAUCACAAUGAUCAUCAUAAUGGUAGUCACAAUGGUCAUCACAAUGGUCAUGACAAUGGUAAUUACAAUGGUCAUUACAAUUUUCAUCACAAUGGUAAUUACAAUGGUCAUCACAUACGUCAUCAAAAUGGUCAUCAAAAUGGUAAUUACAAUGGUCAUGACAAUGGUCAUCACAUUGGUAAUCACAAUGGUCAUGACAAUGGUAAUUACAAUGGUCAUUACAGUGGUCAUCACAAUGGUAAUUACAAUGGUCAUCACAAUGAUCAUCACAAUGGUCAUCACAUUCGUCAUCAAAAUGGUCAUCACAAUGGUCAUCACAAUGGUAGUCACAAUGAUCAUCAAAAUGGUCAUCAAAAUGGUCAUCAAAAUGAUCAUCACAAUGGUAGUCACAAUGGUCAUCACAAUGGUCAUCACAACGGUCAUCACAAUGGUCAUCACAACGGUCAUUACAAUGGUCAUCACAACGGUCAUUACAAUGGUCAUCACAACGGUCAUCACAAUGGUCAUCACAACGGUCAUCACAAUGGUCAUGACAAUGGUCAUCACAACGGUCAUCACAAUGGUCAUCACAAUGAUCAUCAAAAUGGUCAUCAAAAUGGUCAUCAAAAUGAUCAUCAAAAUGGUCAUCACAAUGGUAGUCACAAUGGUCAUCACUAUGGUCAUCACAACGGUCAUCACAAUGGUCAUCACAACGGUCAUUACAAUGGUCAUCACAACGGUCAUUACAAUGGUCAUCACAACGGUCAUCACAAUGGUCAUCACAAUGGUCAUCACAAUGGUCAUGACAAUGGUCAUCACAACGGUCAUCACAAUGGUCAUCACAAUGGUCAUCACAAUCAUCAUCAAAGCCGAUAUCAACGACCAUCAUUAACUUCUGAGCAUCAUUAUUCUGGGAAGGUAUGCAUAUGCACGCCGAGAUAA